AUAAAAGUGUGAUAAGAAAAAUAUCUAUCACGAAUAUAGAUAAACAGCCAACAAGUUCCUUCAUAUAAUCCAUACAUGUGCAUUACAACGUUAAGUUAAACUUUCCGCGCCUGGAGUUGUACAAUGGGGUGUGGCAAAGAGCUAAAAGGAUACGUCGUGGCCGGUGGAAUGGAAAGGCUCAAAGUGGAAUGGAAAGGCUCACAAUCGUGGGGAAUACACAGGCCUAGGAUCUCAACUGAGGUUUGGUAUGAUGUAGAUGACAGUAGCGUAGACACGAAGUCUUGAUCCACUGAGUUUGUAACUUGAACGUUAACUAAUUGAGUUCGGAGACCUCGCAUAUCCUUGAAAUAUUAUGAUUAUGCAAAUAGCUUUCUCAUCUACAUUAUCGAUGCUUUCUUAUUGCAUGACUAGUAUCUGUUAAUCUUAUACCUGCCACAAACUACAUAUUUGAGUUCCAUAAUGGAAAACACUGUAAAUGUUUCCUCGAUGAAUAUGCAAAUCAAAUCUCAAUUUUCAUCAUUUACACUUAACUUCAUUAUGUGCAUCUCUGUCUAAGCUACAUGCAAACUAAAUAUCAUGGAAAUCCAUCGUACCUUUAUUCCGUUAUUGUAAGAUUUUGACAAAAACGCCCCUGCAAUUCCAGAGCAAAUUGCUAUGGGGCCCAAACAUACACCACUUCUUCCGCACAUCACAAGCUACUAGUACCUGCCACACUCUAAAAAUACCACAACAAGUACAGGUCAAAUUAUACAGAAAACGGAAAUUUUGCUGCAUUACUAAAAGGUAAUGCGUCACAAUAACAACCCUACGACCAGAUUUUGUGUUUCUCCUUGCCAGUAACCCGACGCCUGGGUCACCGUUUGUCCCAUUACCCAUGACCUUUGUGCUUUAACUGAGGGUCAAAGUACAUUUCCGCAUCCACAGACCGACUGGUGGAUUUCUUGACAGCAGCCUUGACACUAGUACAAAAACUUGACAGUCGGUAGGCAAUGGCAGGUGCAAAUCACAACCUUCGUCAGAGGCUAGCAGACCUGAAAACAAAGACCUCUGUUUUGGAAGUUCAAGAGGUCGAUCGCGAUGCCAUGACUAAAAAGACCGUACAGUUGAUUAACGCGUAUGAUGACAAUGUAACAAAAUUAACCUACGGACCGAUCAAGAUGUUGGACAAGGGAAGCCUUGAAACUAGGGAUGACAUCAGUGAAAACCCAGUUGAUUUUGACUCCGUUAUGCAAGACCUCAACGAUCGUUUGGUAAGAGCCGGAGUCAUCCCAGGCCACCCGAUGUUCCUCGGGUUUAUUCCGUCUGGCCAUGGGACCUAUCCCGCAGCCCUGGGUGGUUUCCUUCCUGCAGCCUUCACUACGUACUCAGUGGUCCAUUUGGAGAGCCCAGCAGCGGUCCAGAUGGAAAACAGGCUGAUCAAAUGGGUGGCAGACCUGUUCGGCUAUCCCGCAGGGCAUGCUGGGAACAUUUCAUCAGGAGGUUCUCUCGCCACUCUCACGGCGUUAGCUGUCGCACGGGACAGCAGGGAGCUGAAGGCAGCAGACUUUCACAGAUGUGUGGUUUAUUGUAGCGAGUUCACCCAUUAUGCUGUGCAGAAGGGACUUCGGGCCGUUGGGAUGCGGGAAGCCAUUAUGAAGACACCUCCAGUGGACAAGGAGUUAAAAAUGACAGCAGCGGCUCUUGAAAGGCAGAUCAAUGACGACAAGAAAGCCGGCUUGUUGCCCUUUCUGGUGGUGGCAACUGUAGGCACCACGCUGACCGGAAGUGUUGAUCCUUUGAACGACAUCGCCGAUGUGUGUGACCGUCACCAACUCUGGCUCCACGUCGAUGCCGCGUAUGGAGGCUUCUUCGCUCUGUGUGAUGAGGUGAAACAGCUGUUUGUUGGUGUGGAGCGGAGCGAUUCAAUCGUGGUCAAUCCACACAAAGGGCUUUUUCUUCCUAGUGGUGUCGGGGUUCUUGUUGUGAAAGAUGGAAAGAAGCUCCAAGAGUGUUGCUUCUCGGAGCAAACAUCUAGCGUGUUCAAGGGGAUGCAGUUCUUUUCAGCUGAUCAUCUGUCUCCAUGUGAGCUGUCCUUUGAACUGACCAGGUCAUUCAGAGGUGCUCAGAUGUGGCUUCCGCUGAAAAUGUUUGGUGUUGGAGUUUUCCGUGCGGCCCUGGAAGAGAAACUCCUACUGGCACGUUACUUCUACGGGAAGCUGAAAGAGACUGGUGAAUUCGAGCUACCGUUGGAGCCGGAGGUGUCCGUGGUCGUGUUUCGUGCUACAGCACCACCUGGCGUCGACAUCAACAACUUCAACCAACAGCUACUGAACGACCUGGUGUCUGAUGGGAAAAUCUUCAUGACGCCUGCUGAACUUUACGGCCAGUUCUACCUGCGUGUCUGUGUCCUGUGCUUCAGGACCCACAUUGAGCAUAUUGAACUAUGCUUGGCUUUGAUCCGGGAGAAGCGUGGCCAUCUUUGGGGGUCCUUUCAAAGCAAUGCUUUAUAAUAGGGCAAAUCAGCAAUAUCAUAACAGUUAAAGACUGCCCAGUAGUGCUAUGUUUUCAAACAUGGAUAAAUUGUCGUUCUCUUGAACUUUGAUUAAUAAUUAGUAAUCAGAUAACUAGCACUGACUGGCAGUUAUAUUACUCAAUUGUGAAUAAUGGCCUCGUCAUAUCGAAGAAUUGCCAACUGCCGCGACAAGACAGGUUGCCGUCUGACUGUCUGAAACUAAGUAGAAUUUUCACACGGGUGUCAUGACGUUUCAACAAAAUGUCAACCAUCAGAAAUGAUCAAUGGCUGAGCACGGCGUCACGUAAGCAACGUGGCACAAGGCGUAGUAAGAUUUCCGCUACUCUAACGGAGACACGGAGUUAAGAUCGUGCAGCUCACAGUGACUCAGACUCAAGGAUCAUCAUAUAAACACUGGAAAGGAAAGCAAUACUGUUUGGGGAAAUGGUAAGACAUGUCAGUCACGGAGAGCCUUCCUUAGCGGAAGCUGGUUCAGCGUCUGAAUAGAUGCGAUAAGAAGUAAUGUUACCACGUCAUCAGCGUCAUAAUGCUGACCUACAUUCUUCAAGGUCAACUGUACAAAUCUUCCACGAGUUCUGUUGGAGUAACGUAAAAGGAACAAGUAGAAGACACAAAAACUCACAAAGCUCAUAUGGAUGAAUUCAGAGAGGCAGAUUCGUCAGAGUCAGAUAAGUCCUGUUUGACACCGAAACGAAUGUCAUAUUUUAAAUGUGAUACGUUGAAAUAUGUAUCAGGAUUACUUUUGAAAUUGUCUGAUAGUUUUCCAAUGUACACAUGUAGAGCACUGUUUGAUAACUAUGAUACUGUGUUCUGUAUACAGUAUUAUCUAGAAACUUUACCCGCCCACUUCGCCUUCAUGACAUCAUGGAGUCGAGCGCGGUAGUGCUUGAUUGUGUCACUUGUGCAGGAAGAAAAGUUUGCACAAAGAAAAAAAAUCGCAAUAACAUACACAAAUAUCACAAGAAUCAAAGUUUGGAUCAGUGUUUGGAAAUCAUUUCUUUCAAAGGAGUGAAGUGUGCAAUACAUUAGUGACUUUAGCCCAAGUUACUGACAUUUUCUGCGUCCGUCCGUCCGUGCUGAUCAUACGCACACAGUGGGUGGUAUAGACCGUUUGGCGGCAGGAGCUUCCGCACAGGCUCCGAGAACGUACCAUGCCACAACAGCAUUUUACAAACAGUGAGGACGUCAGUUCUUUAUCACAAAAAUCAGACACGCACAACUUCCACGCACAAAGGAUAUGGCUUUCCUCCUAUACCAACAGAGCGCAUUGAUAUCUUGUACUUUUCGUGGAAAACGUCUGCCAAUGACAGAGUUGACAUUUAGUUUUAUUUGUAAACUUCUGGUAUCAUCAGACAUCAAUAACGCCCCGCUGUCUAGUUGGCGUGCCACCAACUUUUGGCGUACCACCACCAAUUUGCAUACAAUCAUAUAUAAGCAAGCAGAGGGCAGGUCGCAAGCAACACUUACCCAUGUUCAACUGAAACCUGCCCGGGUCUAGUUCUGCGGUCCAGAGGACACUGGACUGAAGCUGAGAUGAUGAAACUGAGCAAAGGGGGUGUGUUCACCCACACGGCAGUCUUUGUCGCAACUAUACUAACAGCAUGCCAUGGGUUAGCAGUGAACAGAAACGAUGUCAAGUCGGUUGUAAAGAGAGCAUCACAAGCCGACCCCUGUGAUCAGGCCACCUGUGCUCCUGCAGGUGGCUUCUGUAAGGCCAUCAGCGACACUCAGUACAGCUGUCGUUGUCUACCAGGAUUUGAAGAUGUUAACGGAGAUGGCAGUAUUUGCAGAGCCCUCCACCCUUCUGGUUCCUGGCAGCCCCCAGCCGACCCCUGUGAUCAGGCGACCUGUGCUCCUGCAGGAGGCUUCUGUAAGGCCAUCAGCGACACCCAGUACAGCUGCCAUUGUCUACCAGGAUUUCAAGAUGUCAACGGAGAUGGAAGUGUUU